AUGGCCGCCGGCCUCGCCUUCCCCGUCCCCGUCCCCGUCCCCGUCCCCGUGGCCUCCUCUCCACUCGCCUGCGUCUCCUCACCUGCCCACCCCGCGCACCGCAUCUGCUGCGCGAUCCCGUCCACCGUCAAAUCCUCGCCGCUCCGCGCGACUACCGGCCUCUCCGGGAACAGACGGGGCACGGGCCGUGGCGCGUCCGUAGUGUGCGCCGUCCAAGGUCAGGAGUCAGGAUGCGACCAUCCAAGAUUUGUAAUUGUGUUUCCUUGGGAAGGUCAAGCACAUGGGUAUCUACUACCUAGUACCUGUGUUGUGUUGGAGUUGGAGACAACAACCUUUAUGUUGUUGGAACCUUGCUUUGCUGGGAAAGCACCAAAGCACCUCCAGUUCUCCUAUGGUGCAUCCAGAGAUCCAUGCAUGCGCAUGGGUGACAUGCUUUAUUAUGUCCCAGAUGUGACAAAGUCAACAUGGCAAUCACUUGUGAUUGAGAGCGAGCUUCCUGUCCUUGUUGAGUUCUGGGCUUCAUGGUGCGGGCCAUGCAAAAUGAUAGAUCCAGUUGUUGGCAAGCUCUCAAAGGACUACGAGGGAAAGCUGAGAUGCUACAAGCUCAACACAGAUGAGAACCCGGACAUAGCAAGCCAGUGCGGGGUCCGGAGCAUCCCCACCCUGAUGAUAUUCAAGAAUGGCGAGAAAAAGGAUUCGGUUAUCGGGGCUGUGCCUGAGAGCACACUGGUCACAUGCAUCGAGAAAUUUGUUGAGGUGUAA